GGUGCUCAAAACCCGGACGGAGAUGACUCAAAGAGUUGGUGGUUUUCGGACAUAAAUCCCGAUUAUUUUAGUUCAUCUCAAGAAUCAAAUACAUGUAAAGGGUUUGAUGAGACAUUAUCUUUGAUAAGACAUACUUUUGAAACCCAGGGACCAUUUGAUGGAAUAUUAGGAUUCAGUCAGGGAUCAGCUUUGGUGGCACUUCUAUGUUGUCUGAAAACUCUGAAUGAAUUCAAUUACAAUCUUAAGUUUGUGGUAAUAAUCGCUGGAUUUAAAAGUCUUUCGACAAAACAUUUGGAACUCUUUGACAGACUUAAUGGUCAACUCAUAGACAUUCCGUCACUUCAUAUAAUCGGAGAAACGGAUCAAAUAAUAGAUAAAACCAGAAGUGAACAGUUGUCGCAACACUUUGUCAAUCCAUUCAUUAUCUACCAUUCGGGCGGACAUUUAGUUCCGUCCCAUUCAUCCAAUAGACAAAAGUUUCACCAAUUCUUUGAUCAAUUUAUUUAGAAAAGUAGUAAAAAUAAAAAUAAUU